UCUACAAAGUCAAAACCACAAUGGCCCCCAAUAAGACGUGUGUGUAAGAAGCCUAUAUAAAUCAAAUCAUAUUCUAGUUUAGCAAUUAACGAAGACACCACAAGAGAGAAGACAUGAAGAAGGUGCGCGUCAGAUGGCCGAGAUUUUGCACGGCUUGUGCCGUCUACGACGGUGGUGCCAGACUCAAGAUCAACCUUAGCUCGUUUCGGAGCAGCAGCGACAACGAAGAGGCCCCGAAACCCGGAUUCUCCAGUGGCGUUGAAGGCGGUGUCCCCUCAGGUGGUGCCACCGUUGGCGGUGGCUGCGGAAACAGGGUGAUGGUGGUCGUGGACUCGAGCCUCGAAGCAAAGGGCGCACUGGAAUGGGCGCUCUCUCACACUAUCCAAAGCCAAGACGACACUAUUGUUCUCCUUUGCGUAGCCAAGCCCUAUGAAGGAGAGUGCAGGAGGCAGAUUGAUGGGAGGGCUCGGGAGCUUUUGCUUUCCAUGAAGAGCAUGUGCCAAAAGAGAAGGCCAGGGGUGCAAGUAGAGGUGAUCAUAAGAGAAGGGAAGAAUAACAAGGGUCCCAUCAUAGUGGAAGAGGCCAAGCAGCGGCGGGUGUCGUUAUUGGCGAUCGGCCAGAGGAAGCGGUCGAUGAUGUGGCAGCUGACGAGGCGGUGGUCCGGGAGGUGGCUCCGCCGUGGAGGAGUGGUGGAGCACUGCAUAGAGAAUGCUACUUGCAUGACCGUCGGUGUGAGGAGGAAGAGUAAGAGUCUUGGUGGGUACUUGAUCACCACAAAGCGUCACAAGAAUUUUUGGCUUUUAGCUUGAUUUAUAUAAAUAAAUAAAUAAGUACUCGCCCCAAAUUGUUUAUAAUUUAUGCGAAUUAGAAUAUGCCAUGGGGUUUUUUGCAAUUGUUCAUGAAUUCAUGUAAACGUAUGUAUAAAUUUUCUCCGAAUAUUAUUUAUAA